UCGGCUGUGCGAGCUGCUGGUAUGGUACUGAGUUCUCUGGCAGAGCCUGCAGAGCCGAGGCGGUCGCGGCCAUGAAGGCAGGAGCCACGUCGAUGUGGGCUUCGUGCUGUGGGCUGCUGAAUGAAGUCAUGGGAACCGGAGCUGUCAGGGGCCAGCAGUCAGGAUUUGCAGGAGGUCCAUUCAGAUUUACACCAAACCCUGAUUUUUCUACCUAUCCACCAGCCGCUACGGAAGGGCCUAAUAUAGUUUGCAAAGCCUGUGGACUUUCAUUUUCAGUCUUUAGAAAGAAGCAUGUAUGCAGUGACUGCAAGAAGGAUUUUUGUUCCAUUUGCUCAGUCUUACAAGAAAAUCUCCGUAGAUGUUCUACUUGUCACUUAUUACAAGAGACAGCUUUUCAGCGCCCUCAGUUAAUGCGACUGAAAGUGAAAGAUCUACGGCAGUAUCUCCUUCUUAGAAACAUUCCGAUAGACACUUGUCGGGAGAAAGAAGAUUUGGUAGAUCUAGUACUGUGUCAUCACGGACUAGGCUCUGAGGAUGACAUGGACACAAGCAGUCUGAAUUCCUCAAGGUCCCAGACUUCCAGCUUUUUUACACAUUCAUUUUUUUCAGACUAUACAGCCCCCUCUGCUACUGUGUCUUCAUUUCAAGGAGAGCUUCUGGAUGGAGAUCAGACCUCCAGAUCUGGAGUGCUGGCACAGGACGACGACGACGAUGAUGAUGAAGAAGAAAACUUGGAGGAGCAGACCCCUGGGCUCGCUAAGAAGAGAGUGAGAGCUUCGCUGUCCGACCUGUCAAGCCUUGAAGAGGUGGAAGGGAUGAGCGUGCGCCAGCUGAAGGAAAUACUGGCUCGGAAUUUUGUCAAUUAUUCCGGUUGUUGUGAAAAAUGGGAGCUGAUAGAAAAAGUAAACCGAUUAUACAAAGAGAAUGAAGAAAACCAAAAGUCAUAUGGUGAGCGGCUGCAGCUGCAGGAUGAGGAAGAUGACAGCCUGUGCCGCAUCUGCAUGGACGCCGUCAUCGACUGUGUCCUGCUCGAGUGCGGGCACAUGGUUACCUGUACCAAGUGUGGCAAGCGCAUGAGUGAGUGUCCCAUCUGCCGGCAGUACGUGGUGCGAGCUGUGCAUGUGUUCAAGUCUUGAAACCAAGGCUCUCCCCAACAGAUCCCAAACAUAUCAGUGCACAGAAGGGACUGGAAAUUUACUGUUCAAAGGCUGAAACUAUUUUUUAAAAUUAUUUUCACUGCUAACUGGGGACAGAAAAGUUCAUCCUGAGUUGUGAAAACAUUGGUCCAUGCUAUGCAUGAGCCUGUCCAUGGACAUGAGCUUCCCAGGUUCUGCCAGGCAUUAUCACACGUCCCAUGUGCACCUAUUGUUGAAAUCAAGCUGUUUACGACGUGUGGGCAUCACCUACUGCUCUUAUUGGAGGAAGCUUAUCCUGUUCUUUUAUUUCCCCUUCAUCCUAUUUUUAACUUCUCAGAUGUUCAAAACUUCUGUUCUCUUUGGAUGAGAUCACUGUCCACAAGUGGCCAACAUGGAACAUGCUGAGCAGUGGCUCCUUUGAAUGUUCAUUUUAUUAGUCAUGUAUAUUUUAAAUGCUAAUAUUUGAUGAAUGUAAGUUUCCACAUCAUUGCUAUUUCUACACUUAAACAUAAUUGGGAACAACUGACAUUCUGUAGUCAACUGCCAGGGCCUUAGACUAAACAUGUCCAUUUUUGUUCAGGUACAGCUUUUUAUAGCAAGGGCUGCAUCUAGCUUCUUUAAUUGGAAGUGUGUAUGCUAAAUUCUUUAUUAAUGUGUAAUCAGUUUACACUGUUUUGUAUAGUGAAGGUGUAUUUUCAGUGCUAUCCGCUAGCUAAUUUCAACAUUAGGAAUGAAAUUAGAAAUAAAAUAAAAGCUUUUGUUUACAUUGUC